AAAAAUUAACAAAUAAAAACUCACACCCCAACCCCAACCCUUCCUUCUCUUCCUUUCUCCCCUUUCUUCUUCCUCCUUCCCCCCCAUUCCCAACCUUUCUCUAAUGGUUUCCCAUUAAAAAAACCCUAAUCUCCCUCUGCUUUUCAUCUCUCUCUUCACUCUUACUCCACAGGGAGUAAUCGGAAGUUUCGAUUUUUAUUUUUAUUAUUGUUUUUUUUUUUUACAUCUUUUCUUUUCGGGAGAGAUCAAGGGUUGGAAUAUAUGUCCUUCAAUCAAUCAAGGUCCGAUAAGAACGAGAGCUACACUCAGUAUCGCAAAUCCGGGCGAUCCAACAACUUUAAUCCACAGCGAGGCUCUUCAGGAACUCACUCUAAACCCGGCGGUGCCGGUGGGUCCGCCCCUACCCCGUCGAUCGCUUCUAAUCGUAGUUUUAAGAAGACUAAUAAUGCUCAAGGAGGGCAAUCUAGAGGAGGUCUUCCUACUGUAAAUUCUACGGAUACGAGUAACGCUCCUAACCCGCGAGGAGUGCAAAAUGGUGAGUCUCGACAGAUUCAAUCGCAUGGUGCAGUUACCAAGCCUUCAGAAGGACCACAUACCCACAGAAGCACCAGAGAUGUUCCUAAAGCUCCAACUUCUCAAUCUUCCCCCUUGACUUCUGAUGGGGCUGCGCCCACUACCCCGACAAAGGGUACUGGAGAUCAACCAAAGGAAUUUUCUUUCCAAUUUGGGUCAAUAAGUCCUGGAUUCAUGAAUGGUAUGCAGCUUCCAGUUAGGACUAGCUCAGCUCCUCCUAAUCUAGAUGAACAGAAACGUGACCAGGCACGCCAUGAAUCUUUUAGACCAGUUCCUCCAAUGCCCAUACCGUUAGCUCCUAAGCCACAGACACAGAGGAAGGAUGCUGGAGCUGGUGAUCAACCUAAUGCUGGACAGCAGUUACAACAGAAGGAUGCUGGUAUCAUUAACCAACCUAAUACAGGGGAUGCUCAUACAGUUCAAAAGGCUAAAAAGGAUGUGCAAGCAUCACCAAAUCAUCCCACAACCCAAACUCUAAAGCCCACGACUCCUAUGUCUGGAAUCUCUAUGACAAUGCCUUAUCACCCACCACAAGUACCUGUGCCAUUUGGAGGUCCCAAUCAACAGAUGCAGUCACAGGGCUUAACCCCCAGUUCACUGCACAUGUCAAUUCCUGUGCCAUUGCAGAUUGGAAGCUCUCCUCAAGUUCAACAGCAAAUGUUUGUUCCGGGUCUUCAUCCCCAUCCAAUGCAGCCACAGGGGAUCAUUCAUCAGGGACAGGGAUUGGGUUUUGCAACUCAAAUAGGUUCUCAGUUGCCUCCUCAAUUAAGCAACUUAGGCAUCAAUGUAACUUCACAAUACCCUCAACAGCAAGGAGGGAAAUUUGGUGGCCCUCGUAAGUCGGCUGUUAGAAUUACUGAUCCAAAAACACAUGAAGAGUUAAUAUUUGAUAAUAAGCAAACAAAUGCAUAUGCUGAUACUGGUUCUUCAGGCCCUAGGCCACAAUAUAAUCUUCCUUCGCAAACGCAGCCUCUUCCAUAUGCACCAAAUCAUGCAAUGAACUACUACCCCAAUUCUUACAAUCCCAAUCCUUUAUAUUUUGCAAGCCCCAGUUCUCUUCCUUUACCUAGUGCUCAAACUGCACCAAAUUCUCAGCCUCACAGAUUUAAUUAUCCAGUUAGCCAGGGCUCUCAAAAUGUUCCGUACAUUGAUAUGCAUGUUAAGAAGCCUGGUGUGGUCCCAAUGCAUGGUAUUUCAGAUCCACCUAAUAGAGAGCAUAUUCGUGAUACUCAUAGUUUGCAAUCCCCCGCUCCCUCAGGAACAGUUCACGUUACGAUCAAAAUGCCUGCUGAUCCUACAGGUGGCAAGGGUUCUGACACAUUGCCAAAUAGAUUAUCUACAAUGGAGGAAGGCAAAUCACAGAAACCCUCGAGCCCAUCUGUGGAAUUAACCCUGCCUUCUUCUCAAUCUUCUCAAAGGGCAGUAGAUGCAUCCUCGGAGAGUUCUCUACAUGAUUCAAAAGUUGGAAGAGAGCCGGCGGUGAUGAAGUCUUCACCUUUAGUAUCUAAACAGUCUACCGAAGGACCUCCGGUGGUUUCACUCGAUGGUCAAGAUUCCAGCUCUGUGCAAUCUUCAUUGACUGCUUCCUCUGAGGAGUCCGAGUUAGCUGGAACACAUAGUGAAGGGAGAAGGGAAAAGUUAUCUAGGUCUGACUCACACAAGGAUCAUCAGAAUAAAACAAGCAAGAAAGGAUACACCCAAUCACAGCAUCAGAUUAGUGGACAAGCUUCAUCAGCAUUGGGACUGCCUGGUCAAGUGCAUGACACAACUUCUCCUACAGUUUCUGAAGGAGUUGAAGCUAAAUCUUUGACCAUUCCAGUAGUUGUGGAAGGCAAGUCAGAAUCAGUCAGUGCCAUUAAUUCUGAUUCUUUAGAAUUUAAGGAUGCCGGUUUGGAUUCUGUAGCUCAUUCUUCUCCAGAAAAUUCUGGUCAGGGAAAUGUCAAGAACGCAGAUCUCAGUUCUGAUGAUAAGCAGGAUAUCUGUUCAAAAGAAAAGCAAUCAGAACCCGUGCUACUGAAAAUAGAAGAACAAGGACAAGUAACAUCUUCUGAACUUCCUGUAGAUCUUAAGAAUUCUGAAAAUGUUUCAGAUCAUAAUGUUGGAAAAUCUAUGGAGGUUGCUGAGAAAACAGAAAGGGACUUGAUUGCGAGCUCAACUACUGUUAGCAACGAGGUUUCAACCUCUGAAGCUGCCCAAAGGGCUGUGGAUGAACCUGUGAGUUGUCAUGCAGGAGCUGACGUGUCUUCUUCCGUGAGUUCUAGUUCAACUGUUCCUGAAAAUUCUCAAGGUGACAAGUUAGUAGUUGAUUCUUCUGGUAAAGAUGACAAUAUGAGUAGCAAUGAAGUUCAAAAGAAAGCUAUCAGAUCCGACCUGUCAUCUGAAUCUUCCCUAAACCCGGGACUUUCAGAAGGAAAGAAUGAUGGGGAGGUGUUGGAUACUGUUGGUACCGGUGACAAUAGUUCACAUGCUGUUUCCGGUACCAAGGAUAAAUCUGUUGUAGAGAUGAGCAGGGUUAAGAGUACGACUGGAAAAGGAAAAAAGAAGCUAAGGGCAAUUCUUCAAAUGGCAGAUGCUGCAGGAACAACUUCUGACCUUUACAAUGCAUAUAAGCGACCUGAAGAGAAGAAAGAAACAGUAGCACAUUCUGAGAGUAUUGAGAGGACAGAAAGUAGAUCUUCUAGUGUGGAUACAGAGCAGGAAUCCAUUGAGGCCAUUAAAGAAGAUGCUGUUGCACUGAGUAAAGCUGAGCCUGAUGAUUGGGAAGAUGCUGCGGACAUUGCUACACCCAAACUGGAGUCGGCUAAUGGAGGUGGUGUAGGUACACCGGUGCUUGAUGAUGGGGACAGAAUGGGAGAUAUGGCCAAGAAGUAUUCUAGGGAUUUUCUCCUCAAGUUUGCCGAUCAGUUUUUGGACCUUCCACAUAACUUUGAAGUUACGCCUGAUAUAGAGUCCUUAAUGAGUACUCAUGCCAAUGCAUCUCAUCAUCAUGAUCGUGAUUCGUAUCCGAGUCCAGGACGGGUAGAUAGACCUUCGAGUGGGGGAUCACGGUUGGAUCGUCGUGGUAGUAAUUUGGUUGAUGAUGACAGAUGGAGCAAAUUGCCUGGAUCUUUUGCUCCAGGACAGGAUCCUCGUUUCGAUCUAGCUUAUGGAGCUAGUGCAGGUUUCCGACCUGGUCAAGGAGCCAAUUUUGGUGUUCUGAGGAACCCCGGAGCACAGGCUCCUGUUCAAUAUGUUGGAGGAAUACUUGCUGGGCCUAUGCAGUCUAUGGGACCACAGGGAGGGCUACGAAGAAAUAAUUCUGAUGCAGAUAGAUGGCAACGAGCUACCAAUUUUCAGAAGGGUUUAAUUCCUUCACCGUUAACACCAUUGCAAACCAUGCACAAAGCUAAGAAGAAGUAUGAGGUGGGUAAGGUGUCAGAUGAAGAAGAAACCAAACAGAGGCAAUUGAAGGCUAUACUAAACAAGCUAACUCCUCAGAACUUUGAAAAGCUCUUCGAACAAGUAAAAGCAGUAAACAUUGAUAAUGGUAGAACACUGACUGGAGUAAUAUCACAGAUUUUUGACAAAGCUUUAAUGGAGCCUACUUUCUGUGAAAUGUAUGCCAACUUUUGUUUCCAUCUUGCUGGAGAACUGCCUGAUUUAAGUGAAGACAACGAGAAAAUCACUUUUAAGAGAUUGUUACUCAACAAAUGUCAGGAGGAAUUUGAGAGAGGUGAAAGAGAACAGGAAGAAGCCAACAAAGUUGAAGAAGAAGGUGAGGUAAAGCAGUCUGAAGAGGAAAGAGAAGAAAAACGGAUUAAGGCACGGAGAAGAAUGCUAGGUAACAUUAGAUUAAUAGGGGAGUUGUACAAGAAAAAAAUGUUGACUGAAAGAAUAAUGCAUGAGUGCAUCAAGAAGUUACUGGGGGAAUAUCAGAAUCCAGAUGAAGAAGAUGUUGAAGCUUUGUGCAAGUUGAUGAGCACAAUUGGAGAGAUGAUAGAUCAUCCCAGAGCAAAAGAAUAUAUGGAUUCUUAUUUUGAGAUCAUGACAAUGUUAUCAAACAACAUGAAAUUAUCAUCCAGGGUUAGGUUCAUGCUAAAAGAUGCAAUUGAUCUGAGGAAGAACAAAUGGCAGCAGAGGAGAAAAGUUGAAGGCCCAAAGAAGAUUGAGGAAGUACACAGAGACGCUGCUCAAGAGAGGCAGGCUCAAACUGGUAGGUUUGGUCGUGGUCCAGGCAUAAAUCCUUCAGCAAGGAGAGGGGGCCCACCUAUGGAUUAUGGCCCUAGGGGAUCAGUUGUGUCAUCCCCAGGUAAUCAGAUGGGGGGUUUCCGUGGAUUUCCACAUCAGUCCCGUGGAUAUGGUGGUAGUCAAGAUGCUCGUCAAGAUGAAAGACAGUCUUACGAAGCUAGGACAUUGUCUGUUACAUUGCCUCACAGAGCUGGUGGUGAUGACUCGAUCACUCUGGGACCACAGGGUGGCCUUGCUCGAGGAAUGUCCAUUAGAGGACCACAACCAAGUUCAGCUGCUCCUGCCGAUAUAUCCCAGCUUCCAGGAGAUUUGAGAAGUCAACCAACAGCUUCUUUGAAUGGAUAUAGUUCUGCAUCAGAGCGUGCGACCUUAACUUCUAAGGAGGACCUUAUUUCAAGACAUAUGCCAGAGAGAUUUGCUGGUCCAACUUCAAUGGACCAUAUGAGUGGUCAAGACCGUUAUUCAAAUUAUGGGAAUAAGGACUUGAGACAUUCAGGUCGGAGUUUUGAUAGAUCUCGUCCAAUUUCACCUGCGACACCACCGGGGCCAACUUUGGCCCCAAGUCUUCCAUCUGAAAAGGUAUCGUGUGAAGAUCGGUUGCGAGAAUUGUCAUUGAACGCAAUCAAGGAGUUCUACAGUGCCAGAGAUGAGAAGGAAGUAGCUCUGUGCGUUAAAGAGUUGAACUCCCCAGCCUUCCAUCCAACCAUGAUCAGUCUCUGGGUCACCGACGUGUUCGAGAGGUCGGAUUUGGAAAGGGAUCUUUUGGCCAAACUUGUUGUUAACCUCUCGAGAGCUAAUGAUGGCACAUUGAACCAAGCUCAUCUUGUUAAAGGGUUUGAAGCAGUUCUUGCCUCUUUAGAAGAUACUGUAAAUGAUGCCCCAAGGGCUCCAGAAUAUUUGGGUCGUAUUCUUGCCAAAGUCAUCACAGAAAGUAUGGUUUCUUUAAGAGAAGUUGGUGAUUUAAUCUAUCAAGGUGGAGAGGAACCUGGAGCCCUUCUUCAAGCUGGGCUUGCAGCUGAUGUUCUUGGCAACGUCUUGAAAGCAAUCAGAUCAGAGAAAGGAGAGGGGUUCUUAACCGAUAUGCGCACAAACUCGAAUUUGCGGUUGGAGACGUUUCGGCCCCCCGACCCUAUGAAAUCAAGAGUCUUAGAGGAAUUUAUUUAGGAGUAGUCAAUCAAAAUUGCUGCUGCUGUAAUUUUGUUAGUUGGAAUCGUGAUCUCUCUCCCCCAGUGCUUUUUUAGGCUACUUAAAUUAAUUUGCAGAAAAAGAAAUUUAUAUAUCUUUCCUUUUUCAGGGUUGGGUGGGAAAAUUUCCAUUUAAUUGGGGGUUUAUCCAUCUUCAUCUUUAACGUAAUUAAAUUCAACAAUGUCUUCUGAAAUUAUUAUUAUAGAAUAGGUUCAGCUGAGAGUACCCAGAAAAACAUUUUUUUU